AUGGCGGCCCCCUCGCCAGGACCGCGGAUAUGGCCGCUGACAAUGCUGGCCCUGGUUUGGGCGCUGGCUUCGGGGCUCCCCACAGUCUGGGCCGGGCAAACGCUGCGCCCCGCCGAGCAAGGUCCGCCAGUGCGGCUGUUCACGGAGGAGGAGCUGGCUCGCUACGACGGGGAGGAGGUAGGCGGGGCGGCGCAGCGCGGCCAGGCCGUGGGGGCCCUGCGCACACUCCGGGGCUGCGCGCGGAAAUGGCGCGCGCGCGCGCACAGGGACUCGGGCUCGUUCCUGAUCUUCCGGCAAGGAGGCCUGCAAGGAGAGUUUUAUGGGAGAGGAGCCCCCUACAAUGCCUUGACUGGGAAAGACUCCACCAGAGGGGUGGCCAAGAUGUCCCUCGACCCUGCAGACCUCACUCAUGACACGACGGGGCUCACGACCAAGGAGCUGGCAUCCCUGGAUGACAUCUUCACGCGGGUGUACAAGGCCAAAUACCCCAUCAUCGGCUACACAGCCCGCAGGAUUCUUAAUGAGGAUGGCAGCCCCAACUUGGACUUCAAGCCUGAAGACCAGCCCCAUUUCGACAUAAAGGAUGAGUUCUGA